CAUUAUAUUUCUGUCCUCCUACAAGGGAAAGUCAUGAUUACACUAACCGAGCCAAAAUGUUUACUGCAGACACCUUAUCACAUCUUAAAAUCGUGGUAGGAUGUCUUCUGGUAUUACAUCAUGCUGAUCAUGGACAUGCUGGCUGGAGCUCUCCAGCUGACACAGAGCAGGGUUCUGUGCUGUCCAUACAAAGUGGAAUUUGACAAUCACUGCACCAUGCCUUGGAACAUCUGAAAGCCAGCAUAAAAACAUCCUCUAAUCCCAGGACACCACUUUCCGCUCCCACUCGGAAUCCAGAACGACCUCCACUGACAGCAGUACUCCUACAUCAAUGCUGUCUGUUACGAGAAACAGCUCCAUUGGUUUGCAAAGUUCUUCCACUACCUGGUGCUCUUGCACACACUCUUCUUUGCAGCCUGCAGCAACUUAUGGCUUCACUACCCAGGUACCAGCUCCAAGCUUGAGCAUUUUGUGGCCAUCCUUUGUAAGUGCUUCAAUUCUCCAUGGACCACCUGCACCCUGUCAGAAACAGUGGCCGAGCAGUCAGUGAGGCCUCUGAAACUCUCCGAGUCCAAGAUUUUGCUUUCGUCCUCAGGGUGUUCAACUGACAUAGAUUCCAGAAAGCAGUCACUGCCCCACCCACAGCCCGGUUUGGAGUCAGCUGGUAUAGAAAGCCCAACUUCCAGUGGCCUGGACAAGAAGGAGGGGCAACAGGCCACAGCCAUGUUUGAAAAAGUGAGAAGAUUCCGCAUGCACGUGGAGCAGAAGGACAUCAUUUAUAGUGUGUAUCUGAAGCAGAUAAUAGUCAAAGAUUUUGUGCUCAUCAUAACUUAUGUUCCAUAUUUUUUAACCUGCAUCACUCUUUAAAUUGACUGUUCAGUUGACAUGUAGGCUUUUACAGGAUAUACCUACCAGUGUGUCUAUUCCUUCGCAGAAAUCUUGAAGCUUCUGGCUUCAUUUUAUGCCAUUUUGGAUAUACUCUACAGUCUGACCUCCUCCUACAGGCUGUGGUAGAUGCUGAGGAGAUCCCCGAAGCAAUAUUCCUUUGAGGUGUUAAGAGAAAAAAGCAACUACAGUGACAUCCCUGAUGUCAAGAAUGACUUUACCUUCAUCCUUCAUCUGGCUAAUCAGUAUGAUCCUUUUUAUUCCAGACACUUCUCCAUAUUCCUAUCAGAGGUCAGUGAGAACAAACUGAAACAGAUCAACCUCAGUAACAAAUGGACAGUUGAGAAAAUGAAACGUUAGCUUGUGGAAAAUGUCCAAGACAAGAUAGAACUGCAUCUUUUUAUGCUCAACGGUCUUCCAGACAAUGUCUUUGAGUUCACUGAAAUGGAGUUGCUAAGCCUGGAGCAGAUCCCAGAGGUGAAGCUGUCCUCUGCCGUCUCACAGCUGGUCAACCUCAAGGAUCUUCAUGUGGACCAUUCAUCUCUGGUAGUAGACCAUCCUGCACUGGCCUUGGAGCAGAAUUUUAAAAUCCUCUGCCUGAAGCAUCCUGAAAUGGGAAAAAUCCCAUGCUGGGUAUUUCACCUGAAGAAUCUGAAGGAACCUUAUCUUUCAGGCUGUGUUCUCCUUCAACAGUUCAGUACUGUGCAGUUAGAAGGCUUUCAGGACUUAAAAAAUCCAAGGACCCUCUACUUGAAGAGCACUCUCUCCCAGAUCCCACAAGUCAUUGCAGACCUCUUGCCUUCACUGCAAUUGUCCCUUGAUAAUGAGGGAAGCAAACCGGCUGUGCUGAACAACUUGAAAACGAUGGUCAAUAAGAAAAGCCUAGAACUGAUCAGCUGUGACCUGGAAUGCAUUCCAUACUCCAUUUUCAGCCUGAAUAAUUUGCAUGAGUUAGACCUAAAAGAAAAUAACCUUAAAACUGUGAAAGAGAUCAUUAGCUGUCAGCAUCUUCAGAAUCUUUCCUGCUUGAAGUUAUGGCACAAUAACAUUACUUAUAUUCCUGGAUAAACUGGGGCAUUAUCUAACCUAGAGCAGCUCUUUUGGGGACUUAUUAAUAUUGAGAAUCUGCCCUUGCAGCUUUUCCUAUGCAGCAAACUACAUUAUUUGAAUCUAAGCUAUAACCACUUGACCUUCAUUCCAGAAGAAAUCCAGUAUCUGAGUAAUUUGCAGUACUGAGCUGUGACCAACAACAAUAGUGAGAUGCUACCAGAUGGGCUGUUUCAGUGCAAAAAGCUGCAAUGUUUACCUCUGGGGAAAAGUAGCUUGAUGAAUUUGUCCCCCCAUGUGGGUGAACUGUCAAAGCUUACUCAUCUGGAGCUCAUUGGAAAUUAGCUGGAAACACUUCCUCCCGAACUGGAAGGAUAUCAGUCCCUAAAACAGAGCUGUCUGAUUGUUGAAGAGAAUUUGCUCAAUACCCUUCCUCUUCCUGUAACAUAA